AUGAUAUAAAAAGAUGUAAACGAAAAAAUGAUGUACCAAUAUCCUACUUUGUCAGAGGAAUAAAAAUAUUUAUUAACAUAAUUGCUAUCUCAAAAAGAUCUAUUUUCUUCCCUUCCUCUAAUUUAAACUUUAAAUGGCUAAAGCAAAAAAAAAUUAAUGGGAUUGGAAACUGCAAUUUUACAACUAGAUUAAAAUUUGAGAGUUUUGUUUUUUUAGAAUGCUCUUCCAAAAAUGGCUCAAUAUUCUCUGAACUUACUUAAUUCACCUCCUAAAAAAGAAUUACUAGUAACUUAAGGGACUAUUCAAUUCACAAGAAAAGAAAUUUAUCAAUUUUUAUCAUUAUCAUUUUUUGGAUUACUAAAAAUUCAACAUGAUUCAUUUCCUACACCUUGCAAUUUACACUAUAUAUUAUAAGAGUAGCCUGAAAAAGCAAAAUGUUAUCUUCAUUAUUUUAUUACGGCUAAUAAUGAUUUGGAACAUGAAUUAGUUACAUUAGAAAGGAUAGACUUCAAUGUGAAUUACCAUAUUCAUCAAUUCUUCCCUAAUAAUUAAGGAAUCUAAAUUCUUGAUAUAAAAUUGUGGUCAAAUUGCGAUAAAAAUCUUUAAAAAAUCGAUUUUGUAGAUACAUUUUUAGAAGAAUAAUAAAAUGCCUUAAUUGUUGACUUUGCAAAUAAAUAUGUAGGAGGAGGGGUCUUACAUACAGGUUGUGUUUAAGAAGAGAUCCUAUUUACAAUAAUGCCAGAAAACAUAAUUGCUGUUAUAUUUUCUAAAGUCUUAAGUAACACUGAAGUUAUUAUUAUAAAGAAUACUAUUCGAUAUUGUGAUUAUUUGGGGUAUGGACUCUCUUUCCAUUUUCUUUAAAGAAAACCUUCUAAUUUAAAUCAGAACAUUCUAGUUUUAGAUGCCCUAUAUUAUGGUAAUUAUCCUACUUUAUAAUUCUAAUCAAAAUUUAUUUUGCGAGAUAUUAACAAGGCGUUCAUAGGAUUUUCAUUGUCUUAAUCAGCAAAAGAAGAGGACUUUCUGCUACCAAUAUCAACAGGAAAGUGGGGAUGUGGGGCAUUUAGAGGAAAUUGUGAAUUAAAAACACUGAUUUAACUAAUUGCUUUUAGUGCAUCAAGGAAGAGAAUAGAUUAAAAAAGAAGAAUGAUAUUUUCUACUUUCGAAGAUGAAUAAUUGUAAUUUUACAAAAGAGAUAUUGAUCUCAUAAUUGAUAAAUUCAAAAGCGUAGGUAAACUAUUCGAAUAAUUAUUGAAAAUCACCGAUUAAAACAAUGUUUUUAAGUAAUUAUUAGGUGAAUGA